AUGUCUGAUUUACUCACUUAUUCUAUAAUGCAACCACAAUCUGGUCACCACUACCUGCCAGCCGCUAUGAACAGUGGGUUCACCACACCAAAACACACUUACAAGACUAUUCUACCACCUAUCCACACAUUACCCUCACCAUCAAAUAGCAUCCAUUACUAUGAUUCCUCAGAACUGAUAAAAUUACCACCAAUAAACACAAACUACACAUUAAACAAACCUACAUUAUCCAGCUCAUCCUCAUUCUGCUCAUUCUCACCAAAAAACCCAACUGCUACUUACAACCAAUUGACAGAAUUAAACUUGAACAGAUUUGAUACAACGAAAAACUGCCACGGUCUAGGAUUGUUGAGCUCAGCCAUUGUAUAUGACCAACAACAACAACAGCAACAACAACAACAGCUGCAGCAACAGCAGCAACAAAAAAUUUACUCGCCAGUACAGCAGAAUGACAGAUUGGUGUCAUUACCUUCUCUUAGAUCAUCAUCUUCCUUGUCUAUAUCAUCUCUUUCAUCACCAGCUACCCCAGAGUCUAUACACAACCAAGCUGUACCACAACCACAACCACAACCACAACCAAAACAACAAGAACCUAAACAACCACAACAACAAAAGAGAAGACAAAGACUUGGUCCAUCUUGUGAUUCAUGCCGUGCUAGAAAAGUUAAAUGCAAUGCAGAGAUUACCAUCCUUGGUCUGGAUAUACUUGGCAUCUCAACUGAGUUUCACUUAUCGCCUCUGCAAUCAUCACAACUCCAAAGCCAAGGCAAAAUCAUCAUUGCAACCGGCAACCUCAGUAUCAUUUACUCAAGAGACAAAUACAUCAAAUUCAAACCAUGCACAUCCUGCGAAUUGAAAAACACUUUAUGCUGCUUUUCAAAAGGCUUUACAAAGGAAGACAUAAUGCUGAACAAGAAGAAAAAUGGCACGGCCACAUUUAAAAAAUAUACAGCAAAGAAGAGCAAAGGAAGUAAGGAAGCUGGUUUGACCAACCACCCACACCAACACGCAGAGCAACAACAACAACAAGUGUUGAUGAGUAUAAAUAAAACAUUGGUUCGUGUACCAUCACCACAAAUGGCAAUGACAAGUUUUCAAACAAGUACAGGUAACUCAAGUAGCAGCACACAAAUUACAGAAAGCAGAAGAAGCAGCUGCUCACAAUGCAGAAAGAAGAAAGUCAAAUGUGUUGUUGCUGUUGCUGUUGUUGGCGAGCAAAGCAAUAGACAAUGUGUAAACUGCAGCAAACGCUCACACGAGUGUCUGUUUGACUAA